GCGGGGCUGCUUCCCAGCCACCUUUCCUCCCGCAGAGGAGGGGCAAGAAGCGGGUCACAGGUGACGUCAUUCCGGAAAGCCACCCUGAUUGGAGGGAAGGAGGCGGAGUCCAGUUUCCCUGGUGACGGGUUGUCCGGUGGUCGCCUGGUAACCCGUCUUGGCUGUACUGGUGGCAGCAGGGCGCUGGCGUAGUCCAGAGGUCUGGGGCCCGAUCCCGCGCUGGACUCUCCGUCCUGCGAUGACUGCUGCCCUGGCCGUCGUCACGACAUCGGGUUUGGAAGAUGGGGUGCCUAGGUCGCGUGGCGAAGGGGCCGGGGAAGUGGUCGUGGAGCGGGGGCCCGGCGCGGCCUACCACAUGUUCGUGGUGAUGGAGGACUUGGUGGAGAAACUGAAGCUGCUCCGCUUCGAGGAGGAGUUCCUCCGGAAGAGCAACCUGAAGGCCCCAUCCAGACACUAUUUUGCACUCCCUACCAACCCUGGCGAACAGUUCUACAUGUUUUGUACUCUUGCUGCCUGGCUGAUUAAUAAAGCAGGACAUCCCUUUGAACAGCCUCAAGAAUAUGAUGACCCUAAUGCAACAAUAUCUAACAUACUUUCCGAGCUUCGGUCAUUUGGAAGAACUGCAGAUUUUCCUCCUUCAAAAUUAAAGACAGGUUGUGGGGAACAUGUAUGCUAUGUUCUUGACUGCUUAGCUGAAGAAGCAUUGAAAUAUAUUGGUUUCACCUGGAAAAGGCCAGUAUACCCAGUAGAAGAAUUAGAAGAAGAAAGUGUUGCAGAAGAUGAUGCAGAAUUAACAUUAAAUAAAGUGGAUGAAGAAUUUGUGGAAGAAGAGACAGAUAAUGAAGAAAACUUCAUUGAUCUCAAUGUUUUAAAGGCCCAGACGUAUCACUUGGAUAUGAACGAGACUGCCAAACAAGAAGAUAUUUUGGAAUCCACAACAGAUGCUGCAGAAUGGAGCCUAGAAGUGGAACGUGUACUACCGCAACUGAAAGUCACGAUUAGAACUGACAAUAAGGACUGGAGAAUCCAUGUUGACCAAAUGCACCAGCACAAAAAUGGAAUUGAAUCUGCUCUAAAGGAGACCAAGGGAUUUUUGGACAAACUCCAUAAUGAAAUAACUAGGACUUUGGAAAAGAUCGGCAGCCGAGAAAAGUACAUCAACAAUCAGCUUGAGAAUUUGGUUCAAGAAUAUCGCGCAGCUCAAGCCCAGCUGAGUGAGGCAAAGGAGCGAUACCAGCAGGGAAACGGAGGAGUAACGGAAAGGACCAGACUCCUGUCUGAGGUUAUGGAAGAAUUGGAAAAGGUAAAACAAGAAAUGGAAGAAAAAGGCAGCAGCAUGACUGAUGGUGCUCCUUUGGUGAAGAUUAAACAGAGCUUAACAAAACUGAAGCAAGAAACUGUAGAGAUGGACAUUAGAAUUGGGAUUGUGGAACACACGUUACUCCAAUCAAGGCUGAAGGAGAAGUCUAACAUGACUAGGGACAUGCACGCAACAGUCAUUCCAGAACCAGCCGCAGGCUUUUAUUAAAACAUACUGCGUUUCAUGUUUCUGAUUGGUCGGGUUUUUUAUAUCAAACUAUAUUUCAUGUUGCAUAGAUUUCAAAACAUAAAUUUUAUGUUCAAUGGGAAUUUUUUACAUAUGUACACUUACAUAUGAUGGUGAUUAUGAUGGUUACAGCCUUCACACUAAUGUAAAGUUUAAUAAAGUAAUUACAAAUUCUCACUUUCUCACUUAUAUAUUAUAUGAUGGUGAUUAUGAUGGUUAGAGCCUUUACACUGAUGUAGAGUUUAAUAAGGUAAUUACAAAUACUCACUUUCUCCCUCAUAUAUUAUAUGGUGGUGAUUAUGAUGGCUAGAGCCUUUACACUGAUGUAAAGUUUAAUAAGGUAAUUACAAAUACUCACUUUC